AUUCUCCCCGCCCAUAAAAAGACACUCGCGACCACAAACUCAGAGCGCGUCCAACUCUUUCCUCAACACCUCAACACACCACACGAGGCAAGAACUCCAGUCCACCUGCACCUCCAGAGACUCCAAGAAAGCUGCCAUCAUCAUUUCCCACGAGGAAAAGUGCUCCCCUAUAUAACUAUCACCGACUUCUUCUCUUUCCCCAACUUCGCCGAUCAUACCACAGGCCAACAAGAUGUGUAUCAUUUACCACAUCAACUUUUCCGAGUGCGACCACAAGGACGCACUCUUUGUUCCGUGCGCCGACCGACAGCCGAGAACGCAUACGUGCCCGAACGGUGACCCGAGGGAGGUCACCCACGUCCAGGACGGCCCCUGCGACGACUGCCACCCGCCGCAGGGAGACGGUGAUCCCGAUGCCGUGGUCGAGCAGGAGCAGCAGGAGCAGGAGAAGUGAGGGAGGGCCCGAUGGGCGUAUCAAUGGGCGGGAUGAGGAUAGCUUGAUAUGAAAGGAGG